AUGAACAUCACACGCACACACUUCACUGCACUGCAUCCAGUUGACCGAAUGUCUAGCGAGGAUAAAGGUCGUACGGAGGAGUUUCAGGAAUCAUCCAUCCUGAAGAGGAGAACAACAUCAAACAGAAGUGAAGACGAUUCGGAGAAAAGGAUCCACGUAGAGAGUAAUAGAACACCGACGAUGGCGGAUGAGGAAUGCAAAGGGGAAGUCAAUGGACGAUCAUUCCUUAUUCAGGAUCUUCUUCAAGCCUCCAAGACAGGUGCAGAAACCAUUAGCAAGGUGGAUCCAAACACUGAAAUCUACCAAAGCAUCUUUUCUACGAAACACCUUCAAGAUAUACUAGCCAGUCAACCAUUCGAGGGGAAACAAGUCGAAGACAAAAACCACAACAUGAGUGAUCUUGACAGCGGAGCGACUUCAACUCAAGGGGAGAUUGAGGAGGAAAGCGGUACUAAAGGGGGUGAAGUAGUAUAUGAAUUUGUAGGAAAAGCCGAUGAAGCAGAUGCUGCUGCUGAUAUUUCUCAUACGAGUUGUGGUGGUGGCGGAACGACAUCAAACACAAGUCGAAAAGCCAGGCGCGCUCGAACCGCGUUCACUUAUGAGCAGCUGGUUACUCUAGAGAACAAAUUUCAAUCUACUCGAUAUCUUUCAGUGUAUGAGAGACUCAAUCUGGCUCUGGCGUUAAACUUAACCGAAACUCAAGUGAAAAUUUGGUUCCAAAAUCGGCGCACCAAGUGGAAAAAACAGAAUCCUGGAAAGGAUGUUAAUAGCCCCACCACUUAUAGUCCACCAAUUCCUAAUUCUGUUGGAAAUAGUUCCGUUGGAAAUACAGAGUUUCUUUCCCCAUAUUUACGACCUUCACAACCGGUUCCUCCACCUACCAACGUUAAUGGGCAAGGUCCUGGAACUUCCAGUCCUAAAUCGGAAGAGUCGUUGCUAAAUGCGAGUGAAGAUCUUAGAUCUUACAUUCAGUCACAAUACUCUAAAAUGAUGGGAUCACAAAGGAGUCUGGUGUCCGAGGAUCACUCAAUCUCCGAUGGUGGGGAAAAGUCGCAAUCUAGAGAACUUUCUCCUCUCACUUCUGAGGUGUCAGUAAAUCAAACUCCGGAUAGUCAAACGUCAUUCCUUCUGAAAGCUGCUUCAAUUGCCGCUGCGGCUAUAGCUGGUCAUCAAAACUCGGAAGGUAUGCCAAAUUUCCCCCCUCCUCCACCACUACCUCCAAACUGGAGAGACCUAUUCCCCUCAGAAGUUGUCUCUCCAAUUUUUACCCAGCCUUGGUAUCUAGCUGCGGCAGCUCUGUCUUCUUUGCAACAGGAUCGUGGCAACAGUGGUAGCAAUCCUGCUCAAGCUCCUCCAGCCGUAUUCAAUUGGUCUGGAUGCUAA